AUGGCCUCCUUCAAGGAACUUUCCCUCUCGCGUCCUUUGAACAACGCCCCCAGCCAGCGACAGCAUUCCCACUCCAUCUCCCUGGGUGCCGUCAAUGCCAACCAUCGCGUCACCCGCCGCAAGAGUGUCACUACUGCGGCUUCCAAUGCCGCCGCUGCUGUUGCUGCUUCCAUGAAGGAUGGCGAAUCCGCCUCCCUCCCCAUGGCCACCCAUCGCCGCACCCUGGGGGGUCGCAAGGGUGCGGAAUCCAGCUCGGUCGGAACCCCCUCCGCUCUCGGAUCGUACCUGUCUCGGAGCAUGAACAGCCCCAGUCAGGAACCCCCGGUCGCUCGCAAGACCUCCCCCGGCGACCCGGAACAAGUGACCGACAGCAAGUCCGUCAAAGGCCGGAACCGCCGAGCCAGCGAGGGCGCUCACCUGAACAAGUCCGAGGGCAAGCGCUCCAUGGCCCAGAUCCGCUGCGACCGUUGCGGGAAAGGGUACAAGCAUGGCAGCUGCUUGUCCAAGCAUAUGUGGGAACACAACCCGGCAUGGGCGAUUACCUCGAAACUACUCAUCUCCAAACACCAACAGGUUCAACUGUUGGAGGCCGCCAGCGUGUUGGUCAACAUGAAUCAGGACGACCCUGAAGAGGCCGCUGAGGCCGAGUCGGAACGGUCUUCCGCGUCGCCUGGCGCUUCGUCGGAAGUCCGGGAAGGGUUGAGCUCGGCGGAGACGACACCGCCGCCUGAGGACGAUGACUUUGAGAUGUCCGGAGUGCCGGCCAAUUGGGCCAAGCGCCCCAGUGUCAGCAACCCCUUGGCCUUCUCCCGCUCCUACCAGUCGAUUCCCUCGAGCUCGUACACGGGCAGCGCACCGCUGCACUCGCCGGCCUUCUCGCACUUCCGCCAGUCGAGCGUUGACACUCGUCCUUCGACCGCCGACACGAGAUUGCACGAGGAUGAUGAGGCGGACUUGGCUGCCGCCAUUGGUCUCUGCAACUUUGGUACCCCUCGCACGGGGCCCGUGUCCAUGACUUCCGACGUGCCUCCCGUGCCGCCGCUGCCCGCUCGCUACCUCGAUGCCAGUAGCCACCCGGCUAACCAAUCCGGUCCCGCGGGCGAGCAAGCCCGCCGCGAUUCCAGCGCCAAUAUCUUCCUCUCGGCUCCGCUCAACCCGUCGCUGUCCUACAAGGUGUCGGAUGAGCGCCGGGCCCGCCCCGGCAGCGCUGCAUCUCGGGAAUCCCGUCAUCGCCGCAACGCCGACGUGGACUUUGGCAGCCGCCCCGCACCUACGGACGACGAUGAUGACGGCGUUUUUGGCCGCAUGGAAGAGUAA